AUGGCCGCCGCCGGCGGGUCCUACGAGCUCUUCCUGGGCUUCGUGAGCGGCGGCGCGGCGUCCUGCGUCGCCACGGCGGCGACGAACCCCAUCGACGUCAUGAAGGUCGACCUCCAGCUCUCGAAGAAGGGAAUAGGCGAGGCCGUCCGCGACCGCGUGACCGCGCACGGCCUCGCGUCGUACAUGGACGGGUCCAUGCCCGCGCUCGUGCGCGCCAUCACCUACAGCGCCUUCCGCCUCGCCGCCUACCGGCCCAUCAAGCAGGAGCUGUCCAAGGUCGAGGGCACGUUGGGGUCGCCGGCCGUGAAAGUACUCAGCGGCCUGACGUCCGGCGCGGCGGCCGCGUUCCUCGCGAACCCCGUGGAGAUGAUCAAGGUGCGGAGCCAGAGCGGCUACUACCGGGCCCACGCCUUCGCCUUCGGCGACGUGCUCACGCACGGCUUCUCGGGCGUCGGGCCCCACGUGCUCCGCGGCGCCGUCCACACGGCGUCCCAGAUCGCGACGUACGACAUCGUCAAGAGCUCCCUCAAGCGCGAGGCGGGCCUCCAGGACGGCCUCGCGCUCCACGCCUCCGUCGCCUCCGUCGCGGGCCUCGUCACGACGGCCAUGUCGUCGCCCUUCGACGUCAUCAAGACGCACACGAUGGCGAACCAGACGUCCGUCGCGCGGUCCGUCGCGACGAUCCUCGCGGCCCACGGGCCCAAGGGGUUCUGGCGGGGCUGGUCCGCGGGCUACGCGAGGACGGGGCCCCACACCAUCAUCACCUUCAUCACCAUGGAGAACAUCCACCGCGCGCUCGGCCUCGGCAACAUCUAG